UGGUCGGGCAGCGUCGGGCUGGGCUUUGGGCUGGCUGCCGAGGCCAGGCUCUUCCCCGGUCGCUAGGCGAGGCUCCCUCUUGCUGUUCGGCCACGCUGGUCUGCCUGGUGCCUGCAGCGCCUUGCCCCCAACAUCGACUCGAACCUCCCGUCUGGGGCUUCGCUGCCGCUGAGACACGGUCGCCGCCACGCCUUGGGGGAAGCCUGCGGGGCUGAGAGGGAGAGGUUUACCCGCCGGAACGGUCUCCUUCCUUCUCUCCGAAUUCUACCUGUGCUCCAGGGGCCCGGUCCUCACCGCUUAGGGGUGAAGGCCAUGCCGCCCCCUGGGAAAGUUCCUCGAAAGGAGAACCUGGGGCUACAGUGUGAGUGGGGGUCCUGCUCCUUUGUGUGCUCCGCCAUGGAGGAGUUCUGCGAGCACGUCACUCAGCACCUGCAGCAGCACCUGCAGGGCUCCGGGGAGGAGGAGGAGGAGGAGGAGGAGGAGGAGGAGGAGGACCCGCUGGAGGAAGAAUUCUCCUGCUUGUGGCAGGAGUGCGGCUUUUGUUCUCUGGACAGUUCGGCUGAUCUUGUGCGCCAUGUCUACUUCCACUGCUACCACACCAAGCUGAAACAGUGCGGGCUGCAGGCCCUGCAGAGCCAGGCCGACCUCAGCCCCUGCGUCCUGGACUUCCAGAGCCGCAACCUCAUCCCUGACAUCCCUGACCACUUCCUGUGUCUGUGGGAGCACUGUGAGAGCUCCUUCGACAAUCCCGAGUGGUUCUAUCGGCAUGUGGAAGCGCACAGCCUGUGCUGUGAAUACCAGGCAGUCGGCAAGGACAACCACGUGGUGCUGUGUGGCUGGAAAGGCUGUACGUGCACCUUCAAGGACCGCUUUAAGCUUCGAGAGCACCUCCGUAGCCAUACCCAGGAGAAGGUGGUGGCCUGCCCCACCUGCGGGGGCAUGUUUGCCAACAACACCAAGUUCUUAGAUCACAUCCGUCGCCAGACCUCGUUGGAUCAGCAACACUUCCAGUGCUCUCACUGUUCCAAGAGAUUUGCCACGGAGCGGCUGCUGCGGGACCACAUGCGUAACCAUGUGAACCACUACAAGUGCCCUCUGUGCGACAUGACGUGCCCACUGCCAUCCUCUCUCCGAAACCACAUGCGCUUUCGCCACAGCGAGGACCGGCCCUUUAAAUGUGACUAUUGCGACUACAGCUGCAAGAACCUGAUCGACCUCCGGAAGCACCUGGAUACCCAUAGCAAGGAGCCAGCCUACAGGUGUGAUUUCGAGAACUGCACCUUCAGUGCCCGGUCGCUCUGCUCUAUCAAGUCCCAUUACCGAAAAGUGCAUGAAGGAGACUCAGAGCCGAGGUAUAGAUGCCACGUGUGUGACAAAUGCUUCACGAGGGGCAACAACCUCACCGUGCACCUUCGCAAGAAACACCAGUUCAAGUGGCCCUCAGGGCACCCCCGUUUUCGGUACAAGGAGCAUGAAGACGGCUACAUGCGUCUGCAGCUGGUUCGCUAUGAGAGUGUAGAGCUGACACAGCAACUGCUGCGGCAGCCCCCAGAGGGAUCGGGCCUGGGAGCAUCACUGAAUGAGAGCAGCCUGCAGGGCAUCAUUCUAGAAACAGUGCCAGGGGAGCCAGGACCCCAGGAAGAGGCUGAAGAGGAAGAGGAAGGUGGGGGUGGUGAGGGGACAGCCCUCUCGGCCUCUCAGGACACUUCUAGCCCUGUCAUCCACGUGGUGAAUCAGACCAGCGCCCAAGGUGAGCGAGAGAUUGUCUACUACGUGCUGUCCGAAGCCCCGGGAGAGCCACCCCCAGCCUCUGAGCCCCCCUCCGGGGGCGUCAUAGAAGAGCUUCAGGGAGUAGCUGAGGAGCCAGAAGUCCAGAUGGUGUGAAGGCUGCAGACCCUGACCAGUGCUACCCCAGACCCUGGGGUUUGAGCCGGGCUGGUGGCAUUGCCCCUAGUGGGCAGCCCUUGCCAAUGGAUGCCUUUAGGAGUGGUGCUGAGAGCAGUGCGGUCCACUCUGGACCCGGCUUGCAUCAUUCGGCAGACUGAGGGACUUCCCUUUUUUGCCAGACCACAUUUUGUGGGGAUCCUGAGGAGUUUGGAUUCUUUGGGGGGGCACCCUGGUUGUGUGUGUGUUCUCGUAGAGGGGGCUAGUGUCAGGCUUAACCCUAACCCCCAGACGUGCUGGAAGAGUGAUUAAAAUCCAUAGUCAACUCACAUCCAUUCCUGUCUUUAGGGGUCCUUAGGCCCAGGGAUGACAUGUAACUGAUCCCUGCAAGGGCCCUUUCCUCACAACCAGCCAAGGCAUUUCCCUCUAAAUGGUUCCUCCUACAAACCCCAAGGACUUUCAUGGUCAUCCUCAGGGAUGGGAUUGAAGGCACUGAGUAUGUGCGUAACAGUUGUUUUUGGUAAUAAAAGAAACGCUUGGGCCGUUA